AUGUUUAUGCAGGAACGAAAUCAUACGAAUUUGUCUGCUUAUAAUACUUCCCAGUUUACAUCAGAUAUCCCUUCGGAGGCGAUUAUGGGAUGGUAUGGCAUCCUUACAAGGCAGUUGAACAAUGAUGAAAUAAAAGAAGAAAUUGAAAUAUUUAAGAAUCAUGUUAUAUCAGACCUAUCACGUCCGGAUCUUUACGGUCGCUUCAAAGUGUGCUUCUUCAGAAAAAUGAUCGCGUUUGGUCAAAUAAACUUUUCACUUUCCCCCGAAUGCUUCGGAGUCGAUAAAACAUCUUUUAAAAACAAAUCGCCGAAUAUUAAGCAGCUUUCAAGAGUGAAGAAGAUGGUCGAUUUUGUAUCAAGCAGAUUUAAUCCGUCAAGAGAUAAUUUGGCCAUCAUUAGUAAGCGUCUUAAAGCGGAGAGGUUUCCCGCGGAUCUUUUUCUUCAUCAUCAAUUUAUGGUGAACCUCAAUAGGCGUGAUAUGGGUAGACUUCUAGAAGUAUACUUCAAUUUUCCGAGGCCCAGAGCUUACCAUUUGACAUCUUUGGAGUUUGAGAAGUUUAUGGGUUUGGUUUUACGUUACAAAGUUGGUGAUACAGAUCAUUUAAUACACACCGAAGCACUGAUCGCAUUUUUUGACAGUUUACUUGAUGAUAAUAUACCCCUUACAAAGUUUGAAUUGACAAAGUACAUAUUUUUUGUGCUGAAAAACUUACUUAAUGUUCAAAAGGUUAGCAAUACAGAAUGUUUCAAUAAAAUAAUGGCUCUACAAGGACGAAUUACAUUCUCUCAAUCAAUUUGGAAUCUCCUUUUAUGUCAGUUUUGGGAUAAGAAGGAUAUAAUUCUUCAGGAAAUGUCUCAUAAAGUAAUUCUUAAUAGUGACUUAAUUCGAACAAUAUGUUGUCGAUGUACCUCGAAGAAUGAGUUAAUCAACAUCAUAGAAAUUAUAAAGUUGAAGCACAUGCACCUUGAUCCAGAACUGUUUGAAUUGAUCAUUCAAAGAUUGUUAUUCUUCAAAGAGUUUGGUUAUGCCACAAUUUUGGUAAAAGCUGUGCUUGAAUCAUUUAAACGUUUGCGCCAGACUAACAACUUUGAAAGAGGAACGGUUAUUCACCGCACAAAAAUUUUGAGACUAAUUGAUAGCAGAUAUGAGGAAUUGAAUAGUGUGCUUUUAUAUGAAGCCCGUCAACAAGUACUGAAUGAGUCACAGCAUUCCGAUUCACAAUUGUUAUAUUAUACGUUCAAACCUUCACCUAUGCUAAUGUAUUAUUUUUUGGACUGUCUAACCUUAACAAGCGACACACAAAAAGUUGCUGCAUAUUCCGUGCUAAAAAUUAUGAAUGCCUACAAAAUACCAUUGUUGAAUUCUCAAAGCUUACGCAUGCUAAGCGAUUUGUAUUUACAUCCAGUGGAUUCCAUAGAGUGUAUGGAGACUGACAUGAAUUUGGUUAAGACAAUAGUGAAUCUUGCUUAUAACUCGGCUCAUUAUAAUCAAUACUUCCAUAACUGUGUGGGAGAUUCCAGAUAUGACAAAAAGUAUUUGAGUGGAUUUCUUCACAAAAACAUUAAUUCUAGUGCAGCACAAGAAACAAGGGCUAUAUUCGAACUCGCUUUUAAUAUUUAUAAGCAAUGGUCACUUAAUGACCAAUCCUCAACCUUGAAGGACAAGCGAGCUGAGAUUAAAAAGUCUAUGCUACAAAUUUACAAAGAACUAGUUGCAAUCAGCGCAUGA